ACUGAGUACUUUAUCUCAAACAGCCCCAGCCACAAGAUAUUCAAGCAGAACGAAUUAUCAGUAAAACUACUGGAAAUCACAGCAAAAGUGAAAGUUGAAAACAUAACUCCAAAUUAUAGUUCAGACCAUCUCCCCCUGUACUAUGAAAAAGAAGUUGAGGUUGUCGACAUUGUAAUGUGUGAAGAGGACCAAUCCGCUAUCAUCACUUUCCAAGAUCCCAACGGUAAAUUGUCAUUCUUAUACUCUAUGUUGUGAGAGAGUUUUUCAUAAUGCAGGAUACUAAAUUUACAAAUAUUUCUGUGUAAUUAGCUGUUCACAGAGUCACAAAAAAACACCACGAUGAAAAGCAGCCUAUCAAAGCUUUCCCAUUUUAUGAAUCUCUGGGAACGGCCCUGUAUGACAAAGAUAAACCCACAUUGAAACUCCCAGCUGCCUUCACUGAGAACAUCGACCAGGCCAUUUGGAGAUACCUUUGUGACAAGCAGGAAGCUACUGCGGCCAUCAACAAGAUUAUGGCGGAAAACUUCUGCAAAGUAGACUUGUAACACCAUGCUGUCCAGUUAAGCCCCCUAUCAUCUCUACUCAAACAGAAAGAUGUCAAAGCCAAGCAUGUCCAGCAGUGGAAGGACACUGUCAAGGCUACCUUCACUCAAGCCUUGUCUAAAUUCAAAUCCUUGGAGCUGCAUGUACAGGACUGUGCAUGGGAGGAGUCUGAAGAGGAGAUCUGCAAGGCAAUGUCUGGUGAGGCUGUGGUUGUAGUCUCUGAUAAGGCCAAAGGUGCACUCAUAGUGGUGGGCUUGGUAGAUGAAGUGGAUAGGCUCAGUCAGUCACUAAAUGAAAUCAUGGACAAGAUUGCCAGAAUAAUUGAGAGGGAGAAGACUAGCAAAACAGAGGAGCUCCACCUGCCUCCAUCUAUCUACCAUGUACUUUCGCAAGAUGGUCUGCAAGGCAAGAUUGCAAGUGAAUACCCAGAACUGAAGAUAUCAUACAGUCAUGAGAGCCAGAAGGUGAUCUUAAAAGGCUUAAUACAAGAGGUGUGCGGUGCUAAUAGGGCGAUUAUGGAUGGUGGGUUGGCACUGAAAUGGAAGAAGGUGGAAGUGAGCAACUAUCUCCUUGAGUUUCUGCAGGAAGAAGACCAAGAAAAGCUUACCAACUCUCUUUUCACGUCACAGAGUGUUAAUGCAGCACUAGAAAUAGAUAGAAAUGGAGUGGCACUCCUGGCUGUCUCAGACGAGGCCCUGAGUGAAGCAAAACGGCAAAUUGAAAAAUGUUUGGUUUCUAAGUACAUAGAUGUAGAAGACUCCAAUGUCCUGGAGAUGUCAGGGUGGAAGGACCUUACCUCCCAUUUGGAAAAAACAUACAACAUUUUGUCUAGGACUUUCAUGGUCAAGACAUCUGGUGGCCGUCCAAAUAUAAAAGUGGUAGUGGCUGGCAAUACGGACAUUGUCAAUUCAGUGCAAAACGAACUUGAUGGCUUCUUAUGCCAAAAUUCUUCAGAUGAAGUCUAACGCUAUUGUCAAAUUCAUCCAGGAAAAAAAGAGUGCUUGGUCCGAUAUAGUCAAAGGCGGAGUAAAGGUUUCUUUCAAGGAUGGGGCCAUUUGCCUUAGUGGCAUCAGGGUUCAUGUCACUGACUGCUUGACCUUAUUUAAAGACCUGGUAUCAUCAACAUACUUUGAUACUUUGCAAGUUCACGUGCCUGGAGCAAAAAAGUUCUUCCAGGACGAGGAGGCCAUGUAUGUUGACGCCGUCAAAAUUAAGACCGCUUGUGUAGUCCAGUUGGUUGAUGAGAUGCAUCUGGUGAACAAUGACAAGACGGUCCAGGCUAUGGAGGAAAUGGUGCCGAAGGAGUUUGGGAGCCAUGGGACAAAUAAUCCACAACAGCAUCUGGCCAUAUCCACAGAGACCCAGCAUUAUAGACGGGAGCUGACCACAAAUGGGUCAGAGAGAGUGCAGACCAAAGAGGGGCUGACCAUCACACUGAUGAAAGGAAACAUCCAAGAUGCUUUGGUAAACUGUUAUCAUUAUGCCUUUGCUCUCUUAUGAAUUUCAGUCUUAUUUAAAUCAAAUCAGAUAAUUAUUUUACAUAGUCUGGUGUAGUUUACCCUGAGUAUCAUACCUGUUACUUAUGCAUAUUAUAUUUCUGGUUAUCCAUUCAUUUAAUCAAUAGUUUAUUUUUAUUUAUUUAUUAACUAAUCAACCAUUGAACUAGAAUGCUUAAUAUUCUGAUUUACAGUGCAUUCGGAAAGUAUUCAGACCCCUUGACUUUUUCCACAUUUCAUUACGUUAGCCUUAUUCUAAAAUGGAUUCAAUUGUUUUCCCCCCUCAUAUCUACACACAAUACCCCAUAAAGACAAAGAAAAACGGGUUUUUAGAAAUGUUAGCAAAUUUCUUUAAAUAAUAAUAUCACAUUUACAUAAGUAUUUAGACCCUUUACUCAGUACUUUAUUGAAGUACCUUUGGCAGCGAUGACAGCCUCGAGUCUUCUUGGGUAUGAUCCUACAAGCUUGGGACACCUGUAUUUGGGGAGUUUCUCCCAUUCUUCUCUGCAGAUCCUCUCAAGCUCUGUCAGGUUGGAUGGGGAGCGUCGCUGCACAGCUAUUUUCAGGUCUCUUCAGAGAUGUUAGAUCGGGUUCAAGUCCGGGCUCUGGCUGGGCCACUCAAGGACAUUCAGAGACUUGUCCUGAAGCCACUCCUGCGUUGUCUUGGCUGUGUGAUUAGGGUCGUUCCUGUUGGAAGGUGAACCUUCGCCCCAGUCUGAAGUCCUUAGCAGGUUUUCAUCAAGGACAUCUCUGUACUUUGCACCGUUCAUCUUUCCCUUGAUCCUGACUGGUCUCCCAGUCCCAGCCGCUGCCACCACCAUGCUUCACCGUAGGGAUGGUGCCAGGUUUCCUCCAAACAUGACGCUUGGCAUUCAGGCCAAAGAGUUCAAUCUUGGUUUCAUCAGACCAGAGAAUCUUGUUUCUUAUGGUCUGAGAGUCCUUUAGGUACCUUUUGGCAAACUCCAAGCGGGCUGUCAUGUGCCUUUUACUGAGGAGAGGCUCCAUCUGGCCACUCUACCAUAAAGGCCUGAUUGGUGGAGUACUGCAGAGAUUGUUGUCCUUCUGGAUGGUUCUCCCAUCUCCACAAAUGAACUCUGGAGCUCUGUCAGAGUGACCAUUGGGUUCUUGGUCACCUCCCUGACCAAGGCCCUUCUCCCCCGAUUGCUCAGUUUGGUUGGGCGGCCAGCUCUAGGAAGAGUCUUUGUGGUUCCAAACUUCAUUAAUUUAAGAAUGAUGGAGGCCACGGUGUUCUUAGGGACCUUCAAUGCUGCAGAAUUUUUUUGGUAGCCUCUAGAUAAUUCCCUCAACAAAAUCCUGUCUCUGAGAUCUAUGGACAAUUCCUUCAACCUCAUGGCUUGGUUUUUGCUCUGACAUGCACUUUCAACUGUGGGACCUUAUAUAGACAGGUGUGCCUUUCCAAAUCAUGUCCAAUCAAUUUAAUUUACCACAGGUGGACUCCAAUCAAGUUGUAGAAACAUUUCAAGGAUGAUCAAUGGAAACAGGAUGCACCUGAGCUCAAUUUCGAGUCUCAUAGCAAAGGGUCUGAAUACUUUCAGUUUUUUAUUUCUUUGCAAACUUAAAAACCUGUUUUCGCUUUGUCAUUAUGAGGUAUUGUGUUGUAGAUUGAUGAGGAAAAAAAAUGUAUUUUAUCAAUUUUAGAAUAAGGCUGUAACGUAACAAAAUGUGGAAAAAGUCAAGGGGUCUGAAUACUUUCCGAAUGCACUGUUUCUGUUACAGACAGAGGUUGUUGUGAAUACAGUCGGAUGAUGACCUGAUACUGGAUAGUGGAGCAGUCUCAACAGCACUCCUUAAUGCUGCUGGCCCCCAACUUCAGGAACUGAUAAACCAACAUGCCACUGCUGGCAAGGUUGGGGAAGUCAUCAUCACCAAAGGCUGCAACCUCAAUAGCAAGCUGGUCUUUCAUACCAUUGAUCCUAGUUGGAGUAAUGGACAAGGAGCAGCACAGAAGGUAGAAUGCUGUCUACCUUUGACUGUCUACCUUCACAGAAAAAUUAACUGGAACACCAUACUCUUAGAUGUUGAGAACAACUGAGAAUUAAAAUGUUUCUUUGUAUUUCACAUACCAUGGCAAUACAAUGUAAACACACAAUACUGUACAAACAUGCUCAAUUAAAUUACAAAGAUUUAAACAAGUUUGCAGAAAUUAUUUUAUGAAAAACAUGUCUACCUGACAUCUUGCAGACGUUGAGUGAGAUCGUAAAGAAGUGCCUGGUUCUGGCGGAGCAGCAGCAACUAGUGUCAGUGACCUUCCCCACCAUCGGCACAGGAAACCUGGGCUUCCCCAAAGACCUGGUGGCCUCUCUGAUGCUGGAUAAAGUCCUCAACUUGAGCAGUAAGAAGAACCCCAAGCAUUUGAUGGAGGUGGUGUUCAUUCUCCACCCAAGUGAUGUGCUGACUUUGAAGGUAUAAGGCCAAACUGUGUGCCUAUAAAUAUACACAAUAAUGUUUAGAGGGCAUUUGAUAACCAGGAGGUGGUAAUAAAAUAAGUUGUGAAUGCAGCUGAAUUGGUCAAAUGGUAUUGCAUUGAAUUAGUAUUUUUAAAUGUUCUCUAUUUCCCUGUCAGGCUUUCACUGACGAAUUUAACAAAAGGUUCAUGACCCAGUCUGCAAUUUCAAAGGGCUCAGCAUCCACUCAACAAGGUAAAGGUGCAGCUCAUAUAAUCCUCAUAACAAACACACGUUUGAACCUGAUCCUAAGUCGUUUUGCAGCAUGAAAAUCUUGUGAUUUACCAAUUUGAGCGUGAUGGUACGGAGCAAUCAAAUUUCAUGUCAACUCUUGAUCUGGUGUAGCUUACCCUCAGUUUUAGAGAUGACCAAGCAGCUGGUAAUUCCUUUAAAUGGGUUAUCCCGAUCAAUUAGUUUGGUUUGUGUGCACACAUCUUUUCUCAGAGUUGUAGUGUCUAUGGAGCUGAAAGCUUUUUAAUGUUUACAUUCCAAUUCAGUUGACUAUCAAUAUAAACACCAAGGUAUUACACUGUCUGACACAAUGCCAACUUUCUCCUCCUGAUUUUUAGCAGGAGGAGCUCACUCUUUUCUUAAAUCAAAUAUGAUUUAUCUGCUAUUAUUUUGUCAGCUUUUACACCAUUUAUUUCCUACUAUUAGGUAUUUUCUCUAAGGUCACUUCAACCUCAGGAAUGCAUGAGACAAAGAUGGGAGGGGUGGUUAUACAGGUAUACAUAAGACCUUCAACCUUAAGACAGGUAAAUCCAACCUUACCUCUGGCUCACCUGAGGUUCCCUGUUUUAGGUUAAACAUUCAACAACAGCAGUUUUAUUGGUUUUAUCAGUAGGUUUUAUUGGGAGAUUCAAUAUGCAUGGGAUUCAGUAAGUCAUUAUUUGUGUCACCUCCCACUGAGCUCCCACUGGUUUAAUCAACGUAGUUUCUACGUCAUUUGAAUUAAAUUACGUUGAACCAACGUGAAAUAGACGUUGAAUUGACUUCUGUGCCCAGUAGGCUGUAAUGUGCAACAAUGCAGUUUAUCUUAAUUAGCCGUGUUGGUAAUUGAGAAUAAAGUCUCACACUUUAUUUGGACAUUACCCUAGAGAUGGUUUAUGUUCAAAUUACUAUCAGCAAACUGUUCAACUGACUCUCAACAAACUGUUUAACUGACUAUCAUCUAACCUUAACCCUAAGUUGCAGUUGAUUGUUUGUUGAUAAUUUGACAAUCUAUAGGGGAUCAUCACAAAAGAAGUGUACAAAAAUGUAUUUCCAAUAACAACCUGAGGUGAAGACACCAAUAUUUGUGACUCCAAAAGACAAGCUUGACUGACCCUAUCUUAAUAAUAAUGUGAUUCUCCAAAUAAUUGGCAUUCAGGGUAUUUUGGUUAUUAUAGUGAAAUGUAGUGUUGCAUUCCUUAGUUAGGAAGAUAUGUCAUUUAUGCAGUCAAGACCAAUACAUGUAGAGGUUCUUCUCUUAUUCUUCUCCAGGGGUGUCGAAAGCCAUUCUGGAUGCGGCUGGUCCGACUGUGGAGGCAGAAUGUCAACAACUUAGUAAAACCAGUUAUAAUUUUGUCACUUGUUUUUUAUUUAGUUUAAGAACUUCUACCCCUGAAACUCUGCAUGAAUGCGACCCUCUGGCAAAAUUGGGUUACGGUAUACUUCCGAUUUUAGAAUUAAUUUGCACUGCCACUUAUAUGCUGGUCUGGAAAAUGCUUCUCACCUUAUGAAAUUCAAAAAAUACCCUUAUUUUUCUUGAAUUAAAUACACAUUUGUAUGGAAUCUAAAUAUGCCAUUAAAGGGAUAGUGCAAGAUUCUAGCAAUUAGGCCGUUUUUCUACUUACCGAGAGUCAGAUUAACUCGUUGUCUCUGCGUGCAGUAUGAAGUAUGUGUCAUAUUAAAUAAAUGACCCACAAACUUUAUUUCCAGGAAACCAGCCUAUAAAAGACAUGAUUUUGACCGAGCCAGGCAAUCUGCAGAGUAAGAAGAUCCUUCACCUGGUUGGCAUCAAUGACCCUCAGAACAUCCAGGAGUGUGUCAAGGGUGCACUUAAAAUGUGCGCAAGGAAAGACUUCACAUCCAUCUCAUUUCCUGCUCUCGGCACAGGUGAGUCACACAAACAGAGAACACGACUGACUGUAUAAAGAGUAUAGGAUAAAUAUCAAAUAACAUUGAUACAGCAUUUGCUAGACAGAAUAACACUUUACUUAAAGCCUAAUGCUUUUAUACUUGUUAUAAGCAUGUAUGAACCUUUAUAAAGUCGUGUUAUAUUGAAUCCCAAUUCUAAUUCAAACAGUCACAAUUGCCAUUUUAAUUCCAAUUCAUAUCUACUUUUUUAAGGCCAAGGCAAUGUCCAGGUGAGCCAGGUGGCAGACGCCAUGUUAGAUGCGCUAGUGGAAGUGGUGGGUAAGAAGUCAGUGAACACCUUGAGGCUGGUCCGGAUUGUCAUCUUUCAGACAGCCAUGCUGACUGAAUUUUACAACAGUAUGCUGAAGAAGGAAGGCACAGAUGCUCAGGAAAAGGAGGACACUGAUGCACAGGAGGCGGUCACUGACCUUCAAGAUCAAGGCAGCCUUUUUAAAACCUUUGAAAACAUUGGCAACAAAAUAAAAUGUAUGGGAUGCCUUUAUUGCCUUAAGUAUAUACUGUAUGCAUAAUAUAUCUAAUAACACUUUUCAGUUCGCUAGAAAAAUUACUUUCUAUAAAUUGCAUGAUUACUUAAAUCAAUCAAUUUCAAUCAAUUUUAUUUUAUAUAGCCCUUCUUACAUCAGCUAAUAUCUCGAAGUGCUGUACAGAAACCCAGCCUAAAACCCCAAACAGCUAGUAAUGCAGGUGUAGAAGCACGGUGGCUAGGAAAAACUCCCUAGAAAGGCGAAAACCUAGGAAGAAACCUAGAGAGGAACCAGGCUAUGAGGGGUGGCCAGUCCUCUUCUGGCUGUGCCGGGUGGAGAUUAUAACAGAACCAUGCCAAGAUGUUCAAAAAUGUUCAUAAGUGACAAGCAUGGUCAAAUAAUAAUCAGGAAUAAAUCUCAGUUGGCUUUUCAUAGCUGAUCAUUAAGAGUUGAAAACAGCAGGUCUGGGACAGGUAGGGGUUCCAUAACCGCAGGCAGAACAGUUGAAACUGGAAUAGCAGCAAGGCCAGGCGGACUGGGGACAGCAAGGAGUCACCACGGCCGGUAGUCCCGACGUAUGGUCCUAGGGCUCAGGUCUCUCAGUUGGCUUUUCAUAGCCGAUCAUUAAGAGUUGAAAACAGCAGGUCUGGGACAGGUAGGGGUUUCGUAGCCGCAGGCAGAACAGUUGAAACUGGAAUAGCAGCAAGGCCAGGCGGACUGGGGACAGCAAGGUGUCAUCAUGCCCGGUAGUCCUGACGUAUGGUCCUAGGGCUCAGGUUCUCAGAGAGAAAGAGAGAACGAGAGAAUUAGAGAGAGCAUACUUAAAUUCACACAGGACACUGGAUAAGACAGGAGAAGUACUCCAGGUAUAACCAACUAACCCCAGCCCCCCGACACAUAAACUACUGCAGCAUAAAUACUGGAGGCUGAGACAGGAGCGGUCCGGAGACACUGUGGCCCCAUCCGAAGAAACCCCCGGACAGGGCCAAACAGGAAGGAUAUAACCCCACCCACUCCGCCAAAGCACAGCCCCCGCACCACUAGAGGGAUAUCCCCAACCACCAACUUACAAUCCUGAGACAAGGCCGAGUAUAGCCCACAGAGGUCUCCACCACAGCACAAACCAAGGGGGGGGCGCCAACCCAGACAGGAAGAUCACGUCAGUAACUCAACCCACUCAAGUGACGCACCCCUCCCAGGGACGGCAUGAAAGAGCACCAGCAAGCCAGUGACUCAGCCCCUGCAACAGGGUUAGAGGCAGAGAACCCCAGUGGAGAGGGGAACCGGCCCGGCAGAGACAGCAAGGGCUGUUCGUUGCUCCAGCCUUUCCGUUCACCUUCACACUCCUGGGCCAGACUACACUCAAUCAUAUGACCUACUGAAGAGAUAAGUCUUCAGUAAAGACUUAAAGGUUGAGACCGAGUCUGCGUCUCUCACAUGGGUAGGCAGACUGUUCCAUAAAAAUGGAGAUCUAUAGGAGAAAGCCCUGCCUCCCGCUGUUUGCUUAGAAAUUCUAGGGACAAUUAGGAGGCCUGCGUCUUGUGACCGUAGCGUACGUAUUGGUAUGUACGGCAGGACCAACUCAGAAAGAUAGGUAGGAGCAAGCCCAUGUAACGCUUUAUAGGUUAACAGUAAAACCUUGAAAUCAGCCCUUGCCUUAACAGGAAGCCAGUGUAGGGAAGCUAGCACUGGAGUAAUAUGAUCAAAUUUCUUGGUUCUAGUCAGGAUUCUAGCAGCCGUAUUUAGCACUAACUGAAGUUUAUUUAGUGCUUUAUCCGGGUAGCCGGAAAAUAGAGCAUUGCAGUAGUCUAACCUAGAAGUAACAAAUGCAUGGAUUAAUUUUUCUGCAUCAUUUUUGGACAGAAAAUUUCUGAUUUUUGCAAUGUUACGUAGAUGGAAAAAAGCUGUCCUUGAAACAGUCUUGAUAUGUUCGUCAAAAGAGAGAUCAGGGUCAAGAGUAACGCCGAGGUCCUUCACAGUUUUAUUUGAGACGACUUUACAACCAUCAAGAUGAAUUGUCAGAUUUAACAGAAGAUCUCUUUGUUUCUUGGGACCUAGAACAAGCAUCUCUGUUUUGUCCGAGUUUAAAAGUAAAACGUUUUCAGCCAUCCACUUCCUUAUGUCUGAAACACAGGCUUCUAGCGAGGGCAAUUUUGGGGCUUCACCAUGUUUCAUUGAAAUGUACAGCUGUGUGUCAUCCGCAUAGCAGUGAAAGUUAACAUUAUGUUUUCGAAUAACAUCCCCAAGAGGUAAAAUAUAUAGUGAAAACAAUAGUGGUCCUAAAACGGAACCUUGAGGAACACCGAAAUGUACAGUUGAUUUGUCGGAGGACAGACCAUUCACAGAGACAAACUGAUAUCUUUCCGACAGGUAGGAUCUAAACCAGGCCAGAACUUGUCCGUGUAGACCAAUUUGGGUUUCCAGUCUCUCCAAAAGAAUUAAACACUUUCAAUGUCAAUUUAUUCGUUUUUUUGUUUUUUUACAGAAACUGUUUUGGAUAAACAGCUGCAUUAUCUGGGACUUGCAUUUACAAUCUAUUACAAUCUGUUCAUAUUCUUACAGCAAUUGUCAUUAGGAGUAAAGGUGAUAAGACACAAACGCAUGAGAGCUUUGUCUUCAUGGAUAAAGAAGUGGAUCCGGCUUGCUUCCACAUCUGUGGGGAUUCUCAGGCUAAAGUAGAUGAAGCCAAGCAGUGGGUCAAGGACCUGAUCUUGAAGGAGCAAGACAGCACCAGCAUCACUGACAAUGCCAUCAUCAAUUUAUCAAUUUCUGACCGCCAGCGCAUUAGUAACAUGAUCAACACCAUGGGAGUGAGAGUGAAACAGGAGUCAUCCCAAGACAAGCUUACUAUAGAGGGCAUCACCAAAGAUGUGCUCAAAGUUACUAAUGAAAUCCAGAAGAUGCUCCGAAGGGUCCGUAGUGAAGAGGAACUCAAUAGGAGUGCUGAGCUAGCCAGCAGGGGGGGCAGUACCAAAGCUUCGACCUCAUCCACAACUUCCAUCUGGAGCAGGCAAAUGAGACCAAGAAGCAGCAUUUGGAGGUCACUAUCCAGGGUCGGAUGUACAAGGUCACCCUGCCAAAUGGGCCUGCGACAGAUAGCCUCGGCAACAGCCUCGAUAUCAGACGCAUUGACAAAGCAGGUACUUAACCUUUUGGCCUUCCAUGUAAACCACAUUCAAAAUCCUCUCUAAAGUGUUCUCUUGAGAGUUUAUGAUUGGCUAAGAUUGAUAUUGAUCCGUGCACAUUCCAAUAACUUUUAUGUUGAUAUUGCUUGCUCAUUAGCUAUGUUCCUCUUGGUUGGGAGUAUAGCAUUCCCACUGUUGUAUUCCCAUUAUAGUACUAACAAGAAUUUACAACAAUGUAAAGCCAGUGUGUUUGUUUGACCCUUCAUUAUUCAACUGUAUUCUGCAGCUCAUGACAGUCUUCCUCAGUAUUGGGAUGCCAUGGCAGACAACGCUUUAUGGCAGUCUUUCCCAUCCAGCCAGGGACCUCUGAGCAUGAUGAUGUCCUAGGCCUGUUUCAGGCCACUUGGCAAAACAAUGUUCUAAAGGUAUCUAGCUCUUCUGCUAAAUGUAUUUCCAUACAAGUUACAUGAAGAGGUGCAAUUAAAAAAGACAACACGGAGAUCUCUCCACUGUUAAAUCACCAAGAAUUACAUAUUGCCCUUCAAUUCCACCCCUGGUUACAUUCUAGCUGGGUCUGCCAAAUGGAAUGCUUACAGUUGUUAUAGUGUAAUCAUUUGACCAUGUUCUUAAUGGAAUGAGUUGUGCUUUUUAAUCCAGAUCCAGGCUUAAUCUUGGUUUUGAAAACCGGCCCUAUUAGGGUAUGAAAUGUAGCUGUAUUGACAGUCUUUGACAAGGUCUUUUUGCUGAUGAAUGUGUGAUUUUUCCCCUUCCUUCAGAUUGAGAGGAUCCAGAACCCAAGCAUGUGGAAGAAUCUUCAGAUCAAGAAACAAGAAAUGGUUUCCAGGAAUGGUCACCAGAACAAUGAGAAGAGGCUCUUCCAUGGAACCUGCCCGCAAAUCGUAGAUCAAAUUAACGCAAAUGGGUUCAAUCGGAGCUACGCUGGGGAAAAUGGUAAGAUGUACAAAAUGACAAACACCAGAGUUAUAAAGUAGGGCCAGAAACGUCAGUUUUUAUUAUAAGCGGUACAAAAUCAGAUCAAAUUAUAAACAGGCAUGAGUAUUAGGAAAGUAUACUCAUUUUGGUUUUGCCACUAAUGCAGCGACUGCAUCUGCAACAGACUGAUCACUCACCAACGAAAGUCAUUAAGCAAAUUAGGCAAAAAUAAUGAACGCUAGUUAGCCAGCUAGCUAAGUUCUCUGACCACCUCCUACCACUCAGCGGAAGUCUACAGAUAAUUUGUGAGAUAAUAAUGUCAUCACUUUUUGCAGCGGCAGUGUAUGGAAACGGCACCUACUUUGCAGUUGAGGCCAGCUACUCUGCCGAUGACACCUACUUAGUCCGAGAUUCCCAAGGGCAGAAGCACAUGUACCUGUGCCUUGUUCUGACCGGAGAUUUCAUAGCAGGACAACAGGAUAUGAUCACGCCUCCAGCUAAACUCAAAUCACCUACUCAACUCUAUGACAGCAUGACAGACGACCCAACAGCACCAUCCAUGUUU